UUCUGUCGGUUGUGCUCAUGUGCUGCACACUGCUUAUGCUGCUGCUCCUGCCGUCGUUAGCCGAGUAUUGAGCUACCAGCUGACCUACUUUCUCUCAGCCACUCGGUCCUGUUUACAAGUCCCUGCCAGCGGAGGAUGUGGAGUACAGUGCCUGGAAAAUAGACAAACACAGCCCGCAACUAGCAAACACCACAAAAAGGGACAUUUAGCUGGUGUGUUUUGUUGAUAAAUGAGGACUGUCAAAGCCACAGACAGCUCGCCGGCGAUCAAUAACAGCACGUUAUUAACUUAGGCGUUGUUAUGCAAUGUAACGCUUUCGGUGCUCUCGUGGUGGUGACGUUAAACUGCUAUGUUGUAGUUUAAAAAAAAUGAACAGAUUGGUUAAAGUUAAGUGUCGACCAUUCUUUCUUCUGGACACACGUUUUCAAGGAUUUGGCGUUUCUUUGAUGGACUUGAGAAGGCGGUGGGCAACUGGUCCGUGAGAUGUUUUUUCCAAAAGGGUGCUCAGACGAGGUCAGCGCGGAUGGGACUAAUGAGAUCUGAGAGCGGGCCUGGCUGGGGACAGGAGUGAGCAUGGACAAUCUUUCUGACUUCGGGGGCACCUGUCCAUCCACACACAGGGAAUGGGACACCAACAGCUGUGUGGACGAUUUAAUGGAUGAAGAUGAGAAAGACAAGGCAAAAAGGGCGUCUCGUAACAAAUCGGAGAAGAAAAGAAGAGACCAAUUCAAUGUGCUCAUCAAGGAGCUAUGCACCAUGCUGCAGGGCCAAGGCCAUCCGCGCAAGAUGGACAAGUCCACCAUACUGCAGAGGACUAUUGACUUCCUGCAGAAACAGAAAGACAUCACUGCACAGAACGAAACCUGCGAUGUGAGGCAGGACUGGAAGCCUUCGUUCCUCAGCAAUGAGGAGUUCACUCAGCUGAUGUUGGAGGCCCUCGAUGGUUUCCUAAUAGCGUUAACUACAGACGGCAACAUCAUAUACGUAUCUGACAGUGUGUCUUCACUCAUUGGCCAUUUACCGUCCGAUAUGGUGGAUCAAAAUAUCUUGAAUUUCCUCCCGGAGCGGGAACACGGGGAGGUGUAUAAGCUGCUAUCAUCCCACAUGCUGGUGACUGACCCCAUUGCUGCUGAAUUUCUUGAAAGUGAGGAACAUAUUGAAUUUUGCUGCCAUCUAGCCAGAGAAAACAUUGACCCGAAUGAGCCGGUUGAGUACGAGUACGUCAAGUUUGUUGGAGAUUUCAAAUUCCAUAAUAAUGUGCCUACGUCUUCUUGUAACGGGCUGGAUUUGACGUUACCAAGAAGCCUGCAGACGUCUCUGGAAGAGCAGGUCUGCCUCAUCGCUACAGUACGAUUAGUCACUCCGCAAUUUCUAAAGGAUUUAUGUAAUGUGGAAGAUCCUUCUGAUGAAUUCACAUCCAGACACAGCCUUGAAUGGAAGUUUCUGUUUUUAGAUCACAGGGCUUCACCAAUCAUAGGAUAUUUACCUUUUGAGGUUCUUGGCACUUCAGGCUAUGAUUAUUAUCAUGUGGAUGACUUGGAGCUUAUAGCUCAGUGUCAUAAGCAGCUAAUGCAGUUUGGAAAGGGUAAAUCCUGCUACUAUCGCUUCCUGACCAAAGGACAGCAGUGGAUUUGGUUGCAGACUCACUACUACAUCACCUACCACCAGUGGAACUCCAAGCCUGAGUUCAUCGUCUGUACGCACACUGUCGUCAGUUAUGCUGAAGUGCGUGCUGAAAGGAGGCGAGCGUUUCGCUUUGAAGAGCAGUCUCCACCUGGAAUCGCUCCCUCUUCAGUGAAGGCUCAGGAGCUGUACCUGGACAUCUGCUCCACUCUGAACCCUCCGCGGGACAGAACGAGCGGCGCACGUUCGGUUUCCUCCCACAGCUCCAGGAAGUCCUCCCCCACAGCAAUGUCAGACUCCGCAUCUAAACUCCUACACGGAGGCGUGCAACACCGUCAUGGCAGUCUGCUUCCAUCGGUAACAGUGAAGACCUCGUCCAAGUUCCAAACCUAGUGC